AUGUACUCGCAUGGCCGGGAGUCUCCAGGCGAGGGGACGCGGCUAGGUGCGGCUUCCUGUCAACCCAAGUGUGCGUACCGCUGCAGCAAGGCGUCGAGGCACAAGAUGUGCAUCCGGGCGUGUAACACCUGCUGCCGCCGGUGCGCCUGCGUACCUCCAGGAACCUCCGGCAACUAUGACGUCUGCCCCUGCUACGCGAGGCUGAAGAGCCACGGCGGCCGACGCAAGUGCCCCUGA